GUGAGCAUGUGUGAGUGAGGUCGUCCUCUGGAGCGCAACUGGACAAGUGAAUCUCUUCCAAUUUUGUUUUUCAUUCCGGCCUUUAUUUUUUUGAUUAAUUUAAUUGUGUAGUGGAGGAACAAUUACAAAAAUGCCUGUUUUUCAUACGAAAAUAAUCGAGAGUAUUUUGGAGCCUGUUGCUCAGCAGGUGUCCGGUCUAAUAAUCCUCCAUGAAGAAGGUGAAGAUGGGAAUGCAAUGCCAGAUCUGGAACGGCCAGUUUUUGCUGUCAGCAAAGCAGUCACAAAUCUUAUCAAAGUUGGCAGAGAAACCAUCAACAGUAGUGACGAUCCAAUCCUCAAACAAGAUAUGCCCGCAUCUCUUCAUAGGGUGGAAGGUGCUUCCAAACUAUUGGAGGAAGCUUCAGGAAUGCUUAAAGUUGACGCUUACUCUGGACCUGCUAGGAAAAAGUUAAUUGAAGGUUCUCGAGGUAUUCUUCAAGGAACAUCUGCUCUUGUCUUAUGCUUCGAUGAAUCAGAGGUGCGCAAAAUUAUCAGAGAAUGUAAAAAAGUGCUAGACUAUCUUGCGGUUGCUGAAGUGAUUGAAACAAUGGAGGAUUUAGUGCAGUUUUUGAAGGAUCUUAGUCCAUGUCUUAGUACGGUUUCAGCCAAAGUCAGUGCUCGUGAAAAAGAGCUCACGCACCAAGUUCACCGAGAAAUUCUUGUUCGUUGUUUGGACCAAGUGAAGACUCUUGCUCCAAUUUUAAUUUGCAGUAUGAAAAUCUAUAUCCACAUCCUCUCGUCAGGAGGCAAAGAAGCAUCAGAGGCCGCUGAAAAUCGCAAUUAUUUAGUUUCUCGUAUGACCGAUGAGCUUCAUGAAAUAAUCCGUGUUCUUCAACUUACAACUUACGAUGAAGAUGAAUGGGAUGCUGACAAUUUAACAGUCAUGAAGAAAGCUCACAGUGCCAUUCAGGCCAAAAUGAGGUCUGCCCGUGAUUGGCUUGAGGAUCCAUUGGCUCUGAGAGGAGGUAUCGGUGAGAAAUCAGUUCGUCAAAUCAUUGAACACUCUUAUGUCGUAGCAGAAAGAUCUUUAACAGGCGACAAAGAAAUCAUCAGAAAAUAUUGCUCGGAAGUCACAACAAUGACAAACGCCGUUUGCGAACUCCGUGGAGAUGGCAAAGGAACUUCACCUCAGGCGGAGAGCCUUUCCAGAAGUGUAGAACAUAAGCUUGAGGAUACAAAUACAGCUGUAAACCGGGCUGUUGUGAACAUGGAUAAGUAUGGAGGUCAACAACCUGCUCAUACUGUCUCUGGUAGAUUAGAACAAGCACUCCGCUGGCUGCAGCACCCUGAUUCCGAUGAUAAAGGCCUGGGUCAAAGGGCCAUUGCACUAAUUGUUGAUGAAGGGAAAAAGGUUGCUGAAGGUUUACCUGGAGUUCAAAGGGCUGAAAUUUUAGCUCUUUGUGAUGAUGUUGAUCGUUUGUCCCAUCAACUAGCUGAUUUAUGUCGUCGUGGUCUUGGGGGCAGUCCUCAAGCUCAAGAAGUAGCCAAGCAACUUUCACAGAAACUCCAUGAACUGAAGGAUCGUAUUCAAAACGCUGUUGUCAAUCGAGUUGUUGAAGAUUUUGUAGACACUCAAACACCCUUAAAAUUAUUCACAGAAGCUGUUUAUGCACCGAUAGGAAUGCCUGGAAGAGAGGCCAAUUUCACAGACCGUGCUAAUCAGCUAUCUGACUGGUCAAAACGGGCUGCCAAGACCGGUCGCAUGGUCGCAGCUGGUGGAAGUGGUGGAAACAAAAAGCUGGCUGAAGCUCUAGUCAACUCUGCAGGCCAGGUAGAAUCCCUAACUCCGCAACUAGUCAAUGCUGGGCGAAUUCGGCUCAACUACCCAGAAAGCAAAGCAGCUGACGAACAUUUCAACAACCUGCGGAAUCAGUACGCCGACCAGGUAGCUAAACUUCAUGCGUUGUGUGACGAAGCAACUGAUUCAGCCCAUUUCAUAAAAAUUUCAGAGGAGCAAAUGAGAAAACACACAGUCCUGUGCGAAGAUGCAAUUAACAAGAAAGAUCCUAAUAAAAUGGUGGAACAUACCUCCGCAAUUGCAAGACUAGCAAACCGAGUUUUGCAAGUGGCCAAGCAAGAAGCGGAUAACUCUGAGGAUCCUGCAUUCAUAGCUGCCGUCAACAGAGCAGCAGAUGGAAUUCAAGCUGCUGUAACUCCAAUGGUGCAGAACGCGAAAUUAGUUGCAAUGAAUAUUAAUGACCCAGCAGCUGCCUCAAGGUGGCGCGAAGCCAACAACAAUUUAUUGCGAGCUGUCGGUGAGGCAAGAAAAGCAGUUGAGGUUACUCCAGACAUCAAUAGUUUACAUCUAAACGAUGAAGCUGAUUUACUUAACAACGCUCCAAUAAUCCCAGAACGUCCAUACUAUCAAGAUGUCUCUCACUUACCACUGCGGUCACCUAAUGUUUUUGCUCCUAACGUGUACAUAGAAAAAGAAGUAGCACCUCCGCGGCCACCUCUACCUGGAGGAGAAGUUCCUCCACCUCGCCCACCCCCUCCAGCAGAAACUGAUGAUGAAGAUGACAUGUUUAUGCAUGCACCGCAACCAAACCAGCCUAUUAUGGUUGCUGCACACGGUUUGCACCAAGAAGUACGUCAAUGGUCAAGCAAAGACAAUGACAUAAUUGCCGCUGCCAAAAAGAUGGCUUUGUUGAUGGGACGUUUAUCGCAGUUAGUACGAGGUGAAGGAGGAACCAAGAGAGACCUUAUUGCUUGCGCCAAAGCCAUUGCAGAAGCAUCUGAAGAAGUCACCAGGCUUGCCAAAGAGCUCGCCCGCGAGUGCACUGACAAGAGAAUGAGAACGAGCUUGUUGCAAGUUUGCGAACGUAUUCCUACAAUUGGAACCCAACUGAAAAUCCUGUCAACAGUCAAAGCUACCAUGUUAGGAGCCCAAGAGAUUUUGCCGCGGAUGGAAAUGGCUGAGUUACAAGGCGGCACUGAAGAAGAUCAAGAAGCCACAGAUAUGUUGGUUGGUAACGCUCAGAACCUCAUGCAAUCUGUCAAAGAAACUGUAAGAGCAGCUGAAGCUGCCAGCAUCAAGAUCCGCACUGACGCCGGUAUCAGGCUGAGAUGGGUCCGCCGCCAACCUUGGUACAAUUAUUAGAUUCUUUUUAUGAAAUUUAUUGAUCUGUAAAUUAGUUUUAAUCCGUGACUAAAACUGGACUAAAACCGAGGGUCUGACUUUGCGUUGUCGGGCUGGCCUGGAUUUUCUUAAUUUAGUAAGUUUGACAUUUCAUCAGUAGCCAUAUUAAGACACGUAAAUAAUCUUUAGUAUUGUAGGACCAGGAUUGAUUAAAAAAGGCCAAGAUUCUAUUGUAAAAAUUAAAGGAUUUAUUUGCACUUCUGCUUUUUAAACCAUGAGGUCCAUUAUGAUAGUCAGUUUAGAAUACAAGAGUGUAGGAAUCGCAGUCAAUUUAAACUAAGUUAACCAGGCUGAUAUUGAAGUAAAUACAAGUGUAUAUCUGAUGAACACAUAUAGUUACUUUAAUAUCAGCAUUAUUACCUAGUUUAAAUUGACUGUGAUUCGAACACUCUUGUAUCCUAAACUCACUCUGUUGUUGGACCUCAUGGUCUGAAAUGCAACUGUGCAAAUAAAUCAUUUUAUUUAUACAUUAGUUUCCAGUACGUAAUUGAUGAUCUUCCUACAAUAUUAAAUACAAAUACUCAGUAUGCACUUCAGAUCUUAUCUAAACUAUAUUCGUUGCUAUUAUGAUCCUAAAAUUUUACCAAUUCUCCGCUCAGAUCAUUUUUUAUUUCUCUGUUUGAAUUCUCAACAAUCAUUAACACCACCGUUUGUGAAUCAGACCUUUUUUGAUCACUCUAAUCAUUCAGAACCGCAUCAACUAGAGAGUCUGCUCUAACUUAGUGAAAAAUCUAAGUUUAAGUAAUUUAUCAAUUAUUUAUAUUAGUAAUUGCUUGAGUGCAGGUUCUUCUCUUCCUCUGUUGUUAAGGUUAGGUUGAGGUUAGGUUAGGUUAGGUCAGGUUAGGUUAGGUUAGGUUGUGCUAAUUUUAAUGCUUGCCUCAAUGAUUUUUGGUCCGUUGGCAUCCAUUUGUAACUGGAUUGCAGCCACAAGUGGCUGUCGAAAAAUCUUGCGAGAGGUGUGACCGUCGAGCUCAUGAUCAUUCCUAGGAUUGUCUCCCCUUUGUGUUGCCUCUGUUGCCUCUGUCCGCUUUGUUGUCCGAUGAUGUCGUCCGCGCCACCUUCUUCUCGGUCCCUUCUAUUUCUGAUAUUUCUUUCGCCUUCCGAUCCAAUAUGCGCCUGAUUGUCAGCAAGUCCGGAUCCAGCGGCGAGUUGAAAUGUACGAGCGCCCUCGUCCUCGCGUUGCGCCACCAGUUCAGGCGAUCCUUGUUGACCACUUCGGCGAAGGGGUACACCUCGAUCUUCGCGACCUCGUACCCAAUCUCCCCCGGAGUGGUUAACCUUAAUGAUGUACCUCGUUCCUGAUGAGAGAUAUAUUGCGAUAUUACGCCAUCUUUGGUAAGUGAUGUUUCUAGUGCUAACGCUUGUUCGAGCCACCCACCUUCCGAACCGGCUGCGGAUGACUUUUGUGAUGUAACAUCUGCACGUCGAGUUCAGGUAGUCGCACGUGUGACAGACGUGGAUGUGGUUUCCGUAAAGAGGGCCGAAAGAGGCGCCCUAUCCGUCCGGAUGGGCCCCAGCCUGUCCCGUCUGCGGCCCUCCAGGGGUGAGAUGGUGGGCAAUAUAACAUAACCUAACCUAACCUAACCUAACCUAACCUAACCUAACCUAACCUAACCUCUUCCUCUUGUUGUUCCUUCCCCUUCAAACAGUUCCGUAAAAGGUGUUCCUUGCUCAAAUUGAAAAUCCAGUGUCGCCCAGCAGGUCCAGUCUCUGUAUUUUUAAGAAUCAAAACAGUAUAAUACUUCCUUUAUUCUAAGCAUUUGUUAGCUAAUUGCCUUACUGGAGUGCCAUUAUUAAUUUUAUUGUUUGAUAUCUCUUUGUGCAAUAUGUACUUGCCUUUGGAUGUUUAAUGGUUCUCUCCAAAAAACUAGAUUGCAAUGAAGUUUUAUUUUGGUACUAUUCUAAACUCGAGGACUAAUCCUAUGUUUUGAAUCAAUCGGUCAUUGAUUUUCUUCUUGCUAUAAUCAUUUUCUCAACCUUAUCAGUAUUUGUUAUUUUUACGUCUCUAGGUUAACCAGAUUGCAAUGGAAAUGUUAACUUCUCUGCAUUAAUUUGUGUGAGGGAAUUCCAAACAUCCAUGUUACUCCGGAGAAUCCAAUCCUGUCAUUUGCAUACUACUGAGACUGUUUUUUUUUUCAGUUUCUUCCAUUUGCCCUCUUUUUAUUUUUUCCUCUCAAGCCCCUAAUUAUGCGAGCUCAUGGAGAAAAGAAUGAAGUAAUAAUUAUUCAGUUCCAACUUGUCCUAAAUUUUACGCAGCAUAAUUCUAUCUUUUGUGAAUGAACAAAUAUAAUUUUCUACCUAUACUUAAAAGGGCCCAUAGUUCUAUGAUGCCCAUUUAAAUGUGAAUUUUUUCAGUGGAGUUGAUUUUUUAGCUCUUACUGGGCUAGUCGUAAGAAUCUAAAAAAUCUGUUAAAAUUUAGCUGAUUCUUAUCAGUGGUGUAACUAGAAAUCUUUACUCCCCUCCUCUUUUCCAAUCUAAGGCCUGUCUAUUUUCUUCUCCAUCUUCAAUUUGUGCGCAGAUCGGAACGCCAAGCCUCCGCCCGAGAGGGAAGGCUGGACGACAGUUACGCCACUGGUUCUCAUGCUUCAUAAUGUAACAUUUCCUAAAACUAGAGGAUAAUUUUCCUUUGUAAUCUGGAACAGGUAUAUUUUGCAUAACUUAAUUUUUUGCCUUUCCUUCUUCUUGUUCAACCUUUUUCAUUGCUGCUCUUCUCUGUGGAGGAAUAAUUUUGAACAAGAAGAAGGAAAUCUUCAACAAUUAGAAAAUCGACAAUAUGUAUGAUUGACUCCAUUUAUCAAACAAAAAUUAAAAAGUGGCAGAUUAGAAUAAUUAUUUGCACGGCAACCAGUAAUAUUAAAACUAACUUAGUUUGAUUGAAGUUUACCUACCAAAAGUUUUAAUUCAGUGAUCAGUUUGCCCAAAUUUCUUUUUAUCUUUAACACAAAAUCUAAUUUUGGUACACAGUGUAUUCAUGAUCUCUUCAAAAUUUCAUGAAUCUUACAAAUAUUUCUAAUUCUACUGCAAUCUAUUCUGUGAACAUGCUCUUGUAUUAAUAAUUAGAAGUCAUUGUGCUUGUAUUUGUUACUUUUGUGCCUCUGCUAAAUUUUCAAGUGCUUUAUAUUGAGCUUUUCAGGAAAUCAAGAGCUAAAUUUUUUACUUCAUUAAUUCGCCCAUCUAAAUGUACUGUUGAAUUUGAUGAGCUGGAUGCUUUGUUUUUUCAUUGCACUUGCUGAAUGAAACAUUGCUGUACUUAUUUUUUAUGAUGUUGAACUCAUAUGAUUCUGAUAAGGAGAGUUAAUAGCUGAAAAAAACAUCGAAAAAUGUUUCUUCAAAAUUUACCUUCCCUGGAAGGUAAGAAAUAUGUGUACUUGAAGUUUAAAAUAGGUCGAACAAAUUUUGUUGAAUUUUCCAUACGGAGAAUUGGAUCUGCAAAAAGCUUUCCCAAUGUAAUGUAGGCCCAUCAGUUUAUUUUAUAUAAUGGUACCACAGUAACAUGCAUAUGCAUGGCCAAAGUGCAAAACCAAGUAUCUCCAUAGCGGCGUUUUACAAUAUCUGCUCCUAUUUUCUUUUUUCGAAGAGAAACAAGCCAACCUUAUAGCUCGACAUUUUUGCAUAAUACUCUGCUAAAAAAGAAGAAGAAUCAAUUCUAAGUUUUCAAGAAAUUACGAGGACACGUUUACUAUGGAAAAAAUAAAGUAUAACAAGAUGCCUGCAACAUUGCUGGCGGAGACAUAUGGUUUCGCACUUCGGCCAUUGAUAUGGUAUCACAAAAAGGUUGCAUGCCAGCAACUGACCGAAUUCGUUCUGCUAACCUCAUCUGGGCGGAUUUUUAGUCGUAUUUUAUGCAGUUGUUUAUGAAGUAUUUUUUUCUGAAAGCAAUAGGAAGUAAUUGCAGGACCAAUGAAUAUGCCAAAAUAGUUUCUUCCAUGCAUUCAUAGGCUCGAUAAGUAGUACAAAAUACAUACUUAAGUUAUACUUUAAAUGCAUUUUAAUGUGCUGUGAAACAGCAGAUUCUCUCAUGUAAGAAUUGUCAGUUAGUUGAUAUUCUAAGUUGAUUCAAUCAGUAUUCUUCCCUUUCUUCUUCACUGGGGGUGUACAGCAAUAAAUGUUAAUUAAGAAGCAUAAUUUAGAAGCAUAGUUACCAGGUGGGACACUAAAAUAGUUCAGUUUCAACCUUAAGUAGGAGACUUUCCGGUGCUCACAAACAUGUUGUGCAAACCCAUCGACUAGAGCUGUGAAUUGCUGAUCUAAGCUACUUCCAUUCAAUCUUUCCCUCUCUUUUUUGCUGGUCGCUUUAUCAUUGUUUUGUGCCUUCGUUGUUCGUCAUUUUUGUCAGGUAUAAAUUUUUAGGCUUUUAAAGAAUAUUUGUUCAGCUUUUUAUAGCUUUUUUUCUAAUGUCUCAGCUCCAAUUAUUUUGAGCUUCCAAUUUUUGAAGGGUAUAAUCCUUAAUUGCAAUUGUAAUCAAUGGAAUUAGAACUUGCGUUUGGUAAGUUGGCAGUUUGUAACUUCCAGUUGGCACAUUCCGUUUGUAAGCAAUCGCAUGGCAGUUGUCCAAUAGCCAUGGAGAAUUGACUGCGUGCAACAAUGCUGUUGUGUGCAGAAUUGUAAAUCAGUCUACUGCAUGUGACAGCGGAAAGUAAGCAAAUGCCAACCUAUCUCACAUGAGUUCUACUUAAUUUAUGUAAGAGUAUCCAAGUUUACCUGAUAAUUUUUUUUAUCUUAUUGACCUUUAUUUAUUUGAUUGACUUCAAUUUCAUUUUGAGGUAUGGCCUCCUCUCAUGAAUAAAAGUUGGCCUUUUUUUAAUAAACCCUUCUUUUUUCUCAAAUAUCUAUUAUUACAGUUUACUGAUAUUGGUGCUAUCUAUUAAUCAUAAUUUACAUAAUCUACUUAUUUUUCUGAGCAGAGUAACCAAUAUUUAUUCCUCUUAUAUUCUGUCGAACCUGAAGCACUGAGCUUGUCCUUUGCCUGUCGUGAAAAAUAUUUAAAUAAAGUUGCAGUCCAUGUAGCCUGAAACUCUAAGGUUAAAAUGUUUAGUUUUGUUAAAUUUUCACGUAUGUAUUUUCAUCCAGAUUCUACACGCACAUACUUUUAAUAGAGUGGCAAUCAGUUGUCAUGAUGUGCUGGCUGUUUUUUUUCCUUUAAUUUCUUUCUAAUCAAAUUUUAACAACAAGACUAAUAUCUGAGUGAGAAAUUUAACAACACGGGUGUAGGACUCACAAACGGCGAGAAAUCUAAUCAAAAUUUAAAUUACCUCUUAAAAAAAACUUAUUCUUGCUAACAGCCUUAAUUCUUAAAAGUCUAUCUCUACUUAAACCCCUAAUUUGUUUUUAAGAUCUUCUCAGAGAAAAACUCCUUCCAGAAAAGUUAAAAAUCUUUUUUAGAAAAGUUCUGCUCGCUUGUGACUUAACGAAAAGUUGUUAAGAAGUAAAUGAAACCCUUGUAGACCUGCAGUCUGUAAGAAAUUCAUUUAAAAGUUGUUAAGAAGUAAAUGAAACCCUUGUAGACCUGCAGUCUGUAAGAAAUUCAUUUAAAAGUUGUUAAGAAGUAAAUGAAACCCUCGUAGACCUGCAGUCUGUAAGAAAUUCAUUUGCAGGAUGUUACAGUUUGAUCAGUCCAAAGGAUCUAAUAGAUCUAGAUGAGGAAGAUAUGUAAAUAAUCAUCAUAUAUAUUCAGUGUGAUGACAAUCAAGUUAUGGUUUAAUCGUGAUUUUAUUUUUUGUCAAAUAUAUCAGAUUGAAAACUUUGUAUUUCCCAUAAAGGUGGCCAAAUGCGAAUAUUCGUAUCUCAGUUGCAUUGUCUGAAAAUCUUUGAGUACAUUUUACUCUCCCGAGGAGAGCUAACCAAAAUGUUUCCUUGAAAUUUUCAGUUAUUUGUUUUGGAAUAAAGGAAGAAAUUUCAUAGAAAAUUUCAGUAGAAACGGUUGAUCAGUUUCUCUACAAAGAUGUAAAACAUGAGUGGAGACUUACAAGGUUAAACGUUACACGUUAACAGCUAUAACGUUGCUAUCCGAGAUUCCUAUUUUUCGACUUUGGCCAUUAAAAUGAAACUUUAAGUUUGCUCAACUGAAAGACCGAAGUGUUCAACCUGAAUUGAACCUUAGGUUCUGGUCUACUUUGUUGCCUAAGAAUGGUUCAAUUUCCUUUUUGCAAUGCUUAAGGUGCCUACAAGUAAUGUGUCUCACAAUGUAAGCAUAGAACAUCUAAAGUCUCUGCAACAUAAACCCCAGUUUAUAUUCAAACCCACCUGUUCUUUAGUAUAGUUAUAAUGACUCUACCUAUGUAGUCAUAUUUUCAGAACUUGUUUUUCAGGAUUUUCUAUGUUCAAGGAAUCUAAGUCCGUAUACUUUUAGUUAAAUAAUAAUUCACACAUAUGCAAUGUACAUAAGUAAGUCUUAUAUUGGCAUUGUCCAGUGGAAACUGCCAAAUGCUUUGAACGUAUCACUAUUUUAUUUUUAUGCUUCUCUAAAGUUCAUCUUCCACUCAGCAUCGUUGUGUUCAAUAUCAUAACUGAUCAUUAUUCAUUUGACCUUUUUCACAUUCAUACAUAGUCAUUAAGCAAGAAAAAACACUAAAAAAUGAACCUUAAGCAUACCAAUAUAAUUAGGCUACCAAUUUUUCGGAAGAAACCAGGAUUUCACAUAGAUCAUUUAGAUCCUCAGACAAAUAUACCUCCAUUUCUAAUACUUAUUAGACAGAUUCCUUUUAAAUUAAACUAUGACUAAAAUCAAAAACUCCCUGUUGAAGGUGGAUCUCCAGUUUUGGCAGAAUGCAUCACGGGUACGAUUGAUUUAUUUCAGAUUUUAAUCAUUAGGAGGAUUAUUUUAGAGAAAUCUCAAUUUCAGUCUCCAGAUCAAUCAUUAAGGAAUAUUCGAUGAUCACUUUCCAAUUACUGAAAAUAUAGUCAAAAAUACUCUUUUGAGCCAUCGAUAUCUAUAGAUUGAAAUCCGUUAAAAAUUAAAAAAAAUUAUCUCUGAUUUUACUAUAAGAUUUUAGAAAAUGACUCUCAGGACAAGCAUCCCAAUGAUUGAUCUGGAGGCAAACAUCAUUCCUUGUAUAUAAAUCAAACCUCAUGAACAUUAUCACAAACUAUUUGUUAUCAAUCUCUCUUAUAUGAGAUCUCUGUCAUCUUAAAGCAUUCAUUUUCUCUUUAAAUAGACAAAGAAGACAAAAUUAAAUGCUCCAUAAUGAUUGGAAUCAUACACACAAAAUAUUGAAAACAGAUUUCAGUUUUUUCUGAUCUCUCUCUGGGCAAAUCUGGUCUCAUCAAUGGAGACCUGGAUGGUACUCCAGAAAGAGUGUAUCCAUCAACGUUGAAAUUAGGGUUGUCAUCGUGCGCACUUACUAGUAAGGUUUUCUGAAAGUAGUUACACUCAAGAUAAUUAAAUCAGUUGAAAAGUCCACAUAGGCCAUCAUCAAAUUACUUAAAUUUUUGAUGAUUGAUCUGGAAGCUGAAAUUUUCCCAAAAUAAUGUACCUAAUGGUUAAAUUUUGAACUGUAUUGUUCAAACCCAAAAUGCAUUGCUCCAUGAAUCUGGGUCGCUUGUAGCGAAUUUAUAAACAAGUUCUUUUUCCAUCACACUUCUUGUUUUGAUUGUAAGUGUACUUCUUUUUAAUUUUUCCGACAAUGCUGGUUGUUUUUAAUCAAUAAUCCUUAGUCUCGCGCAUUUAUAUAUUUUUUAGCUAGUUGUUAUAAUUCAAAAUUAAUUUAUUUAUUUAUCCCUUGUUAAUACUCUGUUAUUUAAAGUUUGUUUUUUUGUUGACACAGUCAUUAUCAUGGUUACUUUUAUGCUCUACAUAUUUUCUUAAAAUUGCUACAUGUAGGAAAUUUUAUCCUAUGAAUCCAUACUUGGAAACAUACGACUCAGUUUUUCCAUGUAAGAAUUGAUGAACCUAAACAAAGUUCCAUCUUUUCUUCUUUGUGUGCUCUAUUUAUUCCUUUUAUACUCAGUCAACGUAAUUAAAUUGCUCCAUUAGGGCUUUUUCUUUAAUCCAAACCGCAAGGGAUUGGGACGAACCAAGUUACUUUUUUUUUUAUCAUAAUCCAAUCAGAUCUAUGCUUGUUCCGAAGGAGCGCUUUGAUUGCCCUUCCAAGGUUAGGUCCAAUCUCAACCUCAAAUUGAACCGGUUUAAACUGCAGGUAACCCAAUCCAUCCUGUUUCAUGCAUUCUCUGGAUUUAAAAAAACAACUAUUAACUGUAAAAACUGAAAAACCCACCCUUUUAUCUUUCAAAGGCUGAUCUGAAUUAAUGCCACAUUUAUACCAUCAAGUAUUUUUGUGUUAUUUGCCACCAAAAAUUUGACAGAUUUUUUGAUGAAAACUGAUGAAUUUAUCACAGAUCAUCUCCACCUUUCCGCGAAUUUCCAAUAGUAUUUUGUGUAAGCAACUAUUUACCAUUCUACUUAAAUAUCAAUGACUGUAUUAAGUCUUUUAUCUAAUCACAUUUCCAAAUGAUGGAAAUUCAUUAAUUAAUGUUGUUAUAUCUGCAAAAGUAUUGCCCGUAUGUCUCUUAAUUCUCACUACAAAAUUGAGUCUUUAGAAAUCAAAAUAUGUUAGAAAGUUUACUAAAUCUGGUCAGUUUUAGUUUUCACUUCUUUUCUCUCUUUUUUUUUUUCGCACCCCUCUUUUUUCUCCUUGUACUAAUAUAGGUUUGAGCGGUGAUUUUUAAGAAGUAAAAAAACUGAAUGUUCUUUUUCAUUGAAACACAUGUUUCCUGUAACUUCUAUUCCAAUCAAGAGAUAUUCCAAUUAUAUUUUUUAGUGUUUUAGCAGAAAUCGCAUCAGUUUUUCAGGGUAGUAAAUCAGAUUUUACAUACAAUUACUAUCUUAUCUCAAAUAACUAAAUUAGUAUCACAAGAUACUCUGACAACAAGGCGGUGUGUGAGUUUCAGGCUUACUUCAUUGUAGAAAGAAAAGGUUCAUUGGGGAGAUAUAAUUUUAAAUGUCAUACUUGUAAAGCAUUACGAUAAAUUAUACCUCCUACACAAUUCAGAUGCAUUUAUUUUAACCAUACGGGCAAAUGAAUAGCAAGAUAACUCUGUAAAUAUGUCACUUUACAUUUUAGAAGAGAUCCCCAGUUUGUAAAAUUUAUCUCAAACCCAGAGAAAAUAGUGUAAUCAGUGUAAGUUGAAAAUUGUUUUUUUAAAGUAGCCCAGUUAAUGUUCUUUUCUUGCAUGUUGUAAAGUCUUUAUUGAUUUUUAAAUAGCGUGAGAUCUGGGUUCUAUUUUAAUUACAUUGAAUUAUUAGGUUUUGGUUGUCCAAGUAUUUCUUAUUUCAACUUUUUUGUUUUUAACUUUUAACCAUUCAUUGUUUCCUUCAUUUGUAACCAGAAACAGUUUAAAAUGGAUCCGAUGGUCAAAGUUUUCAGUGUAACACUUUAGUAGGUGUAAAUUAACUAAUUAAUUCAAAAUUGUGUUGUAUUUAUUGAACAUACUCAAAUAAAAUUGAUUGUAUUUUACUUACAAACA